ACAAAAUAUAAAUAAAAUCUCAAUUCCAUAAAUUUUCAUGUACGUCUAGUUUCAAUGGAUGUGGAAUAAGAAAUUAAUUAAAUUGAUAACUAUAAUUAUAAACGUUGAGCUUUCCCAGCCGUUACGUUCUUAACCACCACACCACUACCGUCACAGCCAGCCUGUCUGUUGUUCUAAUCCCAUACAUUUCUUAUUAACUUAUAAAUAAUUUACCUAUUUAAUUAACACUAAUAAUUGAAUUAUUACUUUCACCUUUCAAAAAACCCACAAACACAACUGUUUACUCCAUUAAUUAACAUUUUGUUGAAAACGAUCAAUACCAAUUUGUCUCGUUUCGCCGUUUCUUCCUCUUUCUCUCUCAUCAUAACCUUUCAGACUCUGUUAUCAUUUCCCUGUUAAGAUUCUUUCUCUUCCCUUUUCUCCUUCUUAUCUCUUCCUUCUCAAUUCCACCACAACCACUCCUUCUUAUCAUCAAUCAGGUAGGAGAUCUUUCAUCUGAAAACGUAGAUCCAUCACAAUCUAUGGCGGAAGAGCAUCGAUGUCAAGCUUCCGAAGGCCACAGACUCUGCGCAAAUAAUUGCGGUUUCUUUGGUAGUUCAGCUACGAUGAAUCUCUGCUCUAAAUGUUACAGAGACAUCCAUUUGAAAGAACAAGAACAAGCCAAAACCAAAACUACGAUUGAAACUGCUCUCUCCUCCGCCUCUUCCGCCGUCGUAGUAGCCGCUUCGCCGCUGCCGGCAAUCGAAUCCAUUCCUCAACCGCCAGCGUUGACUAUACCGUCUAUCGUUUCUGACGCAUCGGACUCCUCGACCGAAACGGUUCAGUCGAACCGGUGCGGAACGUGCCGGAAGCGGAUCGGGUUAACCGGAUUCAAGUGCAGAUGUGGAAUCACGUUUUGUGGGACCCACAGGUAUCCUGAGAAACACGAGUGCUGUUUCGACUUCAAGGCGGUGGGGCGAGAGGAGAUAGCUAAAGCGAAUCCCUUGAUCAAAGCAGACAAGCUGCGAAGAAUUUGAUUUGAUCUCCACCGUUGGAUGAAUGAUGUGAUUUAGAUGAGUUGAUCUGGACCGUUUGUUGCGGACCUUACCUACCCGAACGAAUCAUGUGGCGCGCUUGUUGAAAAAUGUAUAAAAAUCAAAUCUAUCUAUCUAUUAAUGAUGGCGUUAGAGAAAGAAAAAAAAAGUUGAAUAAGUCGUUUUUUUUAAGUGGCUUUUGCUUUGUAUUAAAGGGAAUGAAGGGAAAAAAAAGUGAUUUUCUUGUGUUGGAUGGAAUUGAAAAUUUUAAGUCCACACCCGCGUUUGGAAAUUAUGGGGUGGUCCUAAUGUAAAAGCGUUGCCAUUUAAUAUUAUAGGGUUAAAUAUAUUUUAGAUUUUUAUAAAA